AUGGUUUGCAGGAGUGCUGCAUGGUUCCAACCUUUUACUCCAUCAAUACAUUUUCAAAGCCCACAUACUGCUGAGGAUUGGCACUCGAGGCGAUUUUUACAAACCACCGAAGAAAUGGGCCUCGCAAGAAACGGAAUCGGCUUGCGGAAUGUCAUAUCACGGCAUCUAGCCAGAGACUCAAACGUAUCACCACUACCCUACCUUUCUCGUCCUUGGGCAUCAAAAUCUUCGGUAUCAUACUUCUCCAGCUCGAAUUCGACACAUUCGGAUUCCGUUGAAAAAGGCCCAGAUGACUUGAUUGCCUCCUUGAGGGCGGACCUGAAGAACUCGAUGAAAAUCAAGGACUUGACUCAGAGAGACGUAAUCAAAUCUCUAUUGGGCGACUUGCAGAAUUCAGAACACAACAAGAACCGACAAACUCAUGAAAAAGUAGUCCACUCAGCGAUCAAAAAAAGACUGGAAGCUGCCAAGAUCUCACUUGAAUCCAACCCACCUCGGCUUGAAUUGAACAAACAAAACUUACAAGAAGUUGAAAUCCUGAAAAAAUAUUUGACGUUCUUCUCUUCAAGUCAUUCCGCACAAGAUUCAAAUGAAGAAGCAUUAACGAAAGCAGUAAAUGACUCUAUCCAACAACUCGGUUUAUCUCCCGAUGCAACUCAACAAGAGCGCCAAAACUCCCUUGGAAAAUUAAUUAAAUCUGUCAAGGACAAAGUUGAUAGUAACUUCGAUAAUAAGGAUAUCGCCAAUGCUGUUAGGAAAGCUCUAGGAUUAUGUUGAUUUUUCCGUCUAGUAGAAGCAAAAAAAAUGAAUAUCUUGUCUCCGACUUAUGCCCCUUGCUCAAAGCACCUGGAUCCGUGGAGACAGUCCUCUAACUGAAUCUGUCUUGCUCAAAGACAACAAAAAGAUACUUGAAGCCCUUUUUUAGUGAUUACUAUGUCUGAAAGCUUGCAACUUCGACGUGUAAAGUAACAUGCUCAAGGGAAUUCUAAAAAUAUUUAGGCGCUCGGUCACUCCAAGCAUCUGGCAGUUGGGUUGAACUUGACGGUCGUUGACCUAAUCUGCAGAAGAACAGUGUCAGUCUGUUUAUUUGGAAUUCUAUAUGAUGGUACUAUGAU